AUGAAGUUUGCAUAUCUUCUUACUCUUGUUGGCGGCGCCGUCGCAGCGAAUCCCAUGGUAUUCUUGAUCCGCCAUGGUGAGAAGCCCGCGGAUGAUGAUCAGCCGGGCUUGAGCGCCCAGGGCAAAAAGCGUGCACAAUGCCUCAGAGAGGUCUUUGGAGCAGGAUCCAACUAUCACGUUGGCUACAUUCUGGCCCAGGCCUACAAGCCAGAUGGCUCGAGAAAACGCCCGUUUGACACGGUCUCGCCGCUGGCGCAGGAUCUUGGACUCAAGGUUGACACCUCGUGCGACCGAGAUGACAGCAAGUGUGUCAAGAAAGCUGUAAAGAACUACAAGGGGCCCGGAAACAUUCUCAUCUGCUGGGAGCACAAGGCUUUGAGUGACAUUGCAGAGGAGCUGGGGGCAAGCGACGUGGACGACUAUCCCAAAGAUCGGUUCGAUGAGAUCUGGAUCGACCCUUAUCCCUACAAGAAGAUUACUGACAUUGUUUCGGAAAACUGCUCUGGUCUGGACAACUAG